AUGAUUCCAACACUUGUUUCUUCUUGUUCUUGGUCACUUGUUACUCUCUUUCUCUCCACUUUCCUACCCCUCCUCGCUAUCUCCCUUAACUACUGGCUUGUUCCCGGAGGUUAUGCUUGGAGGAAUUAUUACAACCGUUACAAAAAACACUACUACACAAAACUCCCUGGUCCUAUAGGGUGGCCCAUACUAGGUACUUUACCUGAGAUGGGUUCUCUGGCUCACAGAAAACUCGCUACCAUGGCUAAUUCACUCAACGCGAAGAGACUCAUGGUGCUGAGUUUGGGAACAAACCCUGUUGUUAUCAGUAGCCACCCUGACACUGCGAGAGAUAUUCUAUAUGGUUCAUCCUUCUCUGACCGUCCUGUCAAAGAAUCAGCACGUGUUCUCAUGUUUGAGCGUGCCAUUGGUUUCGCUCCUUAUGGGAAUUAUUGGCGCCAUCUUCGUAAGGUUGCAACCACCCACAUGUUCUCUCCGAGGGUCAUUUCCGGCUUGGAGAGCCUUCGGCAACAUGUGGCUGCUGAAAUGGUGAUGAGAACGUUGAAGGAGAUGGGAGACAAAGGUGUAGUUGAAGUUCGAGGGAUAUUGCAUGAAGGGUCUCUAAGCAAUGUUUUGGAGAGUGUGUUUGGUACUAAUAAUUCUUCUAUGAGUUCGGAAACGAAGGAUGUGUUGAGUGAUAUGGUUAAGGAAGGUUAUGACUUGAUUGGAAAGUUUAAUUGGGAAGACUAUUUUCCUUUCAAAUUUUUGGACUUUCAUGGUGUGAAGAGAAGGUGUCACAAUUUGGCGGCUAAGGUCAAUGACGUGGUGGGUCAAAUUGUGGAAGAAAGAAAAAGAUGUGGUGAGUUCGUUGGACAGAAUGAUUUUCUUAGCGCUUUGUUAUCGUUGCCCCAUGAGGAAAGGUUAUGUGAUUCGGAUAUAGUGGCUAUUUUGUGGGAAAUGAUAUUUAGAGGAACAGACACGGUUGCUAUGCUCCUCGAAUGGAUUAUGGCCAUGAUGGUGUUACACCAAGACAUUCAAAUGAAAGCCCGCCAAGAGAUUGACACGUGCGUCGGCCUAAACGGUCACGUGCGAGACUCAGACAUUCCAAACCUUCCUUACCUCCAAGCCAUAGUCAAGGAAGUUCUACGGUUGCACCCACCGGGCCCAUUAUUGUCAUGGGCUCGUCUUGCAAUCCAUGAUGUCCACGUGGACAAGGUCAUGGUCCCAGCUGGCACGACAGCGAUGGUUAACAUGUGGGCCAUAACACAUGACUCUUCCAUCUGGGAUGACCCAUGGGCCUUUAAGCCCGAACGGUUCAUGAAAGAAGAUGUAUCUAUAAUGGGGUCAGACCUGAGACUCGCACCAUUCGGUGCAGGACGUAGGGUUUGCCCGGGAAAAGCGUUGGGCUUAGCUACGGUUCAUCUUUGGCUUGCAAAGCUUCUACAACAUUUCAUAUGGCUUCCAGUGAAGCCUGUGGAUCUUUCAGAAUGCCUCAAGCUCUCCCUCGAAAUGAAAAAACCUUUACGAUGCCAAGUUAUUUGUAGACGCAUAACACCGAAAAGCCAGUGCGAAUGCAAUGCUUGCUGUGAGAACUUAUCGCUUUUGAUUUCCAUGUCAGGGUUUUUGUGUGAUUUCAAUGUGAAGGUUGGGUUUCAGCUGUUCCUCGUUCUGUUUGGUGCUCAAAUUUUGGAUACUUAUAUGGCAAUUGGUGCUGGAUGGUUGUUUUGUCGUGCUUUGGGAUUUUCUGAGUUUCAGCUUGUUUAUUUUGAGAUACUCCGAUGCAGGGUAUAUAGAGUUAGGUUGAUUCGAUAG